CACAGCUGUGCAGAGAGAGUGAGAGAGAGCGAUAAAGGAAGUGUUAGUGCACUUCGGCUUACAGUCAAGAUCAGACUGACUCACUAUGUCAGAUGUAACCCACUGCUGUGUGGCCCGAUAUGUGAUGCUACAUAUGUAGUUCAUGUCUGGAGAUCAUCAAGAACCAUGGCACAGAUUGUGAGCUUCAGUUCCGACAUUUCUCAAAUGGACUCUGACUAUGAGAACAUUUUGGAAGAUGAACUUGGUCAGGACUCAGCAACCAGCACCCAGAGGUGUCCUGAAGCCCUACAGAUGGAAGUUUUAAGGCAAUGCACAGACACACGGUCAACCACAAGAAGCCACAUGAGAGAUGAGACAGUCGAUAGUUUGCAGAGGAACUCUCUGCAGAGGAACUGCUGGUCAGCUGCUACCCUGAAAGUCCUCUCCUCAAUGCCUAGUCGCACCGCUGGGCCAAACAGCGCUGCAGUUAUUUCCAGGCAUGACAGAAACUCAUCUCAGCUACACAGACGCCGAAAUUCCUUGAAAGUUUACACUCAACCCUCCAGAAUAAUCCAGGAUAUCCUUGUCAAUUCAGAUGUGGAGGAAAUCAGUGCUGAAGAGAACAAAUUUGAGCAGUUGUUGUCCAACCUCAGAGGCCUCUCAGUGAGUGACCGCAUUCGCAAGCUGCGAGCCACGGCGCUCAGCCUGAAAGACAAGAUGGAAGUCAGGCGGCUUGCUUUCAGUGAUGUAGCUGAAAGUUCACUCAUCAGCAGAAAUAUUCCGUGCUAUAGUCGUAUGAAGGUCUACAUUUCCAGGACUUGGCGUAGCUGCUGGUUCAGCUGCCUCUCCGUCCGUGCUUCCCUUCAGUUGUGGCAUUCACCCAUGAAGAAACUGAGCGGACGUUUUGGAACAGGAGUGCUCUCCUACUUCUUGUUUCUUCGGACCCUCCUGCUCUUCAACCUCCUCCUCUUUGUCACCAACGGCCUGUUCCUGGUCUUCCCUCAAGCUGUCAACCCUCCCUCCCCUACUCCUUAUGACACUUUCACUGGUCUCGAUCUUCUAACAGGCACGGGUUACCUCUCUCAGAGUUUGAUGUUUUACGGCUACUACACCAAAACCUUCAUCCCCGACCCCGCUUGUGGAGCUGCUAACCAUGAAUCACCCGGCCUACCAGCCUGUGACCUCGAACAGCCCCAGAUAGCGCCAUACAGCAUCACUACAGCCUACUUUUUAACUAUUCCCAUCACCUUCUUCAUUAUCUGCAUCAUCCUGGUGUACAGCAUGUCCAAGUCCUUCGGGCAGAGUUUUCAAGUCCUCAAGUCUAAUGGGAAUCUAGCUGUGAAAGUCUUCUGCUGCUGGGACUUUAAAGUCAGCAAGAAGAUGUCUGUGAGGCUGCAGUCGGAGAAAAUCAGCACUCAGCUCAAAGAACUGUUGUCUGAGAUGAUCAGGGGAGAAGAUGGAAAGAGCUGCAUGCAGCGAUUCUGCCACCUCACAGUGCAUCUGGUGGCGUGGAUGAUUUGUCUGGCCAGCAUCUCUCUGGGCACCGCGGCAGUCCAUUUCCUGUCAGAGAACGCCAUUAAGCAGAAAUCUUUCGAAGACAUCGAGCUGCUGCUCCUGUCGGCGGUGGUGUCAGGCGUCAACCUGCUGCUCCCCGGCCUCUUCAACCUGUGCGCUUGGAUAGAGAUGCAUGACUCACCCAGUGUCCGAGUCUAUGUCUCCAUCUUCAGAAUUGCUGUGGAACCAGAAAAUCUACAUCUACAGUGUUGGGAGAGUUUUGUUGGGCAGGAGCUGUAUCGCUUACUCCUCAUGGACUUUAUCUUCACUGUGCUUUACACGUUUUUGGGAGAAUUCCUGUGGAGGCUAUUUUCAAAGCACGUCCUGAAAAAGAAUAGAAAGCCGGUGUUUGACAUUGCGCGUAAUGUCCUUGAGCUCAUAUAUGGACAAACCUUAACUUGGCUCGGGGUGCUGUUUGCUCCACUCCUUCCAACGGUCCAGAUCAUCAAACUGUUCGUUCUCUUUUACAUGAAGAAGACGAGCCUGCUUCUCAACUGUCAGUCCUCCAGAAAGCCCUGGAGGGCCAGCCAGAUGACAACGCUUUUCAUCUCUCUUUUGUGUUUCCCUUCAUUUCUCGGAGCUGCCGUGUCUGUCACUUACGCAAUUUGGACGACUAAACCCUCGUCAGAGUGCGGCCCUUUCAGGAAUCUCACCACCAUGUACCAGUCGGGGCAGCUGUGGGCUCGGGAGCUGGAGAGCUCCCACCCCAUCCUGUCGUGGAUCAGCUGGGCCUACAACUCUCUGCUGGAGAACCCGCUGGUGUUGUUCCUCGCCACCGGAGUAUUACUAAUGGUGAUAUACUUUCAAGCUCAAGUUGUUGAUGGCCAAAAAAGAAUCAUCAGUCGGUUAGAAAAGCAAAUUGAAAAUGAGGGUAAGGACAAAAAGUUCCUCAUCACCAAAUUGCAAGGUCUUUCUGAACAGAGCAGUCUGGUUUCCCCACAUCGUUAAGGUGAAUAAUCCCAGUGCAGUUUUUUCUUUGUGGGUGAAACUUAUUUGCAUACUCAGUUUUUGACCUUGGCCCGUAUUCACCAACAUCCAGAGAAUACUCUGAGGGCUCUGAACCUAGCUUUUUUUUUUCUUUUUUUAAACUUGGAAUCCUAGCUGAAGAGUGAUGGACCCGGCCACCCACUUGGAAGAUUAAUAGCCUUCGUACAUGGGGCGUGACCUAACCGCUAGGCCAUCUGUGCGCCUAGGUACAGAAACAUUUUAAUCUUAGGUAGCUGGUGUGGUUGACCCUGUUGCUAGGUAUGACACAUUCUUCCAAAAGCUGUGAUUGGUUGAUCAAAAAAUGGGAAGAAAACGUUUUGAUCUUAAUGAUAAUGAGUAUAGAAAUCUAGUCAGACAUUCUGUAAAAUAAAUACUCUUUUUAUGUAAUAAACAUCUGCGCUCCAUUAAUUGUAAGCUAUACUUCAAGAGUAAAGCUUGAUCAGCUCAUAGUGACGUCAGCUGAUAGGUAGCAUCUGUGGAGGGAUCCACAUGCAUGUCUCACUUUGCACUGAUGAAAGUCCAAAAUGGACAGAAAUGUCUGCAUAAAUAAAUUUGAUCUCUUCAUUAAGAACAUUCCCAACCAUCGGUCUGUACUCCUUUUGUUCUCACGAUUCCAUUAAUUUCGCAAGUAGGAGCAUCUCUUUGUAGGUAGGAAGCUCGUUGAAUACAGCCCCUUAUUUAUUUCAGAGAUUUGUCUCUUUUGCCCUACAGCCUGUGGCUGAACAACAUUCACAACAUACUGGACAAAUCUGGAGACAUCUUCACCUUGAUAUUGUGUGCUCAACUGAUUGUCAACUCUUAUCAGAAAGGUCACUCAAUACGGUGCAACGACAGAAGCCAAAUCAAAACCAAUUAACAUAAAAAGAAAGUUUCAUUAUGUUUAGUACAGGAUGAACACAAAUCUGUUUAUUAUAUCUAUUUAAAUGUAAAGCUCCUGAACUAUGUCAGGGUGUCUAUUGUGUGAAGAUAUUUUUAAAUGAAUGACUUUAUGAACUAUGAUGUAUUUAAAGACAAAAUAAAUGUGUGAUGUAAUGAAGGA